AUGGCUGACGGAGGGACGAGCGGAACGUUUCUGCGCACCAUCGAGUGGGAUAUGAUGGACAAGCGCAAGUUCUUCCCGCUCUCGAUGCUCAGCUCGUUUUCGGUCCGCUGUGCCCUGUACCCGCUGACGGUGAUCAAAACGCAGCUACAGGUACAGUUCCGGAACGAUAUCUACAAGGGUAUGAUCGAUGCCGGGAUCAAGAUCUAUCGUGCGGAGGGUAUGCCGGGACUGUAUCGAGGAUUCUGGAUCUCGUCGGUGCAAAUUGUGAGUGGCGUAUUUUACAUUAGCACGUACGAAGGUGUCCGUCACGUGCUGGGUCAGUACGGUGCAAACCAGCGCGUAAAAUCACUCGUAGCGGGCGGAUGCGCUUCGCUCGUUGGCCAAACCAUUAUCGUACCGUUCGAUGUGAUCUCGCAACACGCGAUGGUACUGGGAAUGGGAGCACACGGUGGCAAGCACGGAGCGGUCAAUCCGCUCGGAAUUAACUUCGACAAGGGUAGCAGCCGGUUACGGAUUACGCGUGACAUUGCAAGAGAAAUUCUUCGCCGGGACGGUGUGCGUGGAUUUUACCGUGGUUACACAGCGAGCCUGAUGGCGUACGUACCGAACUCGGCCAUGUGGUGGGCAUUCUAUCAUUUGUAUCAGGACGAGCUGUUAAAAAUCGUACCACCCUGGGUGUCGCAUUUGUUUGUGCAGUGUGUGGCCGGUAGCUUCGGAGGAUUCACCACGACGAUCAUAACGAACCCGCUCGAUAUUGUGCGGGCCCGAUUGCAGGUGCAGCGGCUCGAUUCGAUGAGCGUAGCUUUCCGGGAGCUUUGGCACGAGGAACACUUUCACAUGUUUUUCAAGGGACUGACGGCACGGUUAGUGCAAUCGGCCGCGUUUUCCUUCAGUAUCAUUCUCGGUUAUGAAACGAUCAAGCGGGUAUCGGUAAACGAGCAGUACCGGCACAUGAUCAAGUGGUAAC